AGUAAUAAUUAAAGUAAUCAUCCUUCAAAAACUAGCAGACAUACUCUGCAACAACUUCUCUAUCUCCCCUCAUCAUCCUUUUUCGCCUCUUUUCUCCCGUCUUUGACUUGAUCAUCCUCCAGAGUCCAGACCCUCCACCCAGUUUUGUUUAGUUUCGAGACAAAAACUCCUCUAUUUUGUGAAAUCAUCCAUCAAAAAUAAAAAAUAAAACAAAUUGAAAUUUAAUCAUCAUUAUUUUUCGUAUGAAGAUUAUCAAAUUCGGGUCCUUCUUCAGAUUGUAAAGAUAAAAGAUAGAAAAUGGCGAUGGCGGAAUGUAAUUUGUUGUCCGAAAUGCAAGAGCCAAGCGUAGACACAGAUAAGUUGAGUUAUGAAAUAUUUUCAAUUCUGGAGAGCAAGUUUUUGUUUGGCUAUGGUGAUAAUCAAAAGGUUAACGGUAUACCAAGGCAAAUAACUCCGGCACACGAGUUUUUUCCUCCGCCAGUGACUCCGUCGCCGUCUCAUAAUUCCGACGGUGUUAGAUUGAUGAAGAAUCAGCGGGGGAAGGUAUGCAUCCUCAACGUGGACGGUGGAGGGAUGAGGAACAUCAUUUCUGGAAAAGCACUGGCGUAUUUGGAGCAGGCGCUGAAGGAGAAAUCCGGCGACCCUGAUGCUAGAAUUGCAGAUUAUUUCGACGUCGCCGCCGGGGCUGGUAUCGGAGGUAUAUUCACCGCCAUGCUUUUCGCGACGAAGGAUCAAAGACGUCCGUUGAUAAAGGCGGACGACACGUGGCGGUUUCUGGCUGAACAGGGGAGCAAAAUAUACCGGUCGUGCGGGUCGGGUUCGGGUGGUGUUAUAAAAAAGUUGUUGAAAAGUGGUGGGAGCAGUUCAUCGACCACCCGGUCCAGAACGGCGGCGUUGGAGAAAAUAAUGAAAGAGAAAUUCACAAAUAAAACCGGUCGAGGAUUAACAUUAAAAGACACCUUAAAACCGGUUUUAAUCCCAUGCUAUGACUUGUCAAGUACGGUGCCGUUUCUUUUCUCUCGUGCGGAUGCAUUAGAAACGGACGGGUUUGAUUUCCGACUAUGGGAAGUCUGCCGAGCCACAUCAGCCGAACCGGAGAUAUUCGAACCGGUAUGUAUGCGGUCAAUAGACGGUUCAACCCGGUGUGUAGCGGUUGACGGGGGAUUAGCGAUGGGUAACCCAACGGUGGCAGCCAUAACGCACGUGCUACACAACAAGCAGGAAUUCCCGUUCGUUCGAGGGGUGGAGGAUAUAUUAGUACUUUCAAUAGGUACAGGUCAGCUUCUAGAAGGUAGUUAUGAACAUGAGGAGGUGAAAGGUUGGAAGUGCAAGCAAUGGGCAAGACCAUUAGCUAGAAUUGCUGGUGAUUGUUAUGCUGAUUUGGCUGACCAUGCCGUCGCUAAGGCUUUUGGGGAGUGGCGUACCACUAAUUAUGUUCGUCUCCAGGCAAAUGGUUCGAGCUUUGGAAGGUGUGGACCAAAUGUAGAUACAGACGCAAGUGCGAGAAAUGUGAAAAUGCUGGUAGAAAUAGGGGAAGAAAUGCUGAAACAAAAGAAUGUGGAGUCGGUGCUAUUCGGAGGGAAGAGAAUAAGCGAGCAGAGUAAUAUCGAGAAGUUGGAUUGGUUUGCGGAAGAGCUGGUACUCGAGCACCAGAGGCGGAGUUGCAGAAUUGCUCCCACUGUUGCAUUCAAGCAGCCUAAUCCAACCCCAGAUUAAAAAACUUCAAGGUAACAGAUUAGCAGGUGGGAAAAAGAGAAGUGGGAAGAAUUGGAUAACUAGCUUUUACUUUUUGGGAGCCAAAGAAAUGAAUAGGGGGAUUGAGUGAAAAUGGAUAGAAAAAUUGUAAAAAAGGGAAAAAUAUUAGUGGGAUUCCUUUGUCAUCCAUCACCAACUAUAAACUUUUGUGCAGUGUUAUGCCUAUACCAUUACCAAGCCAGGUAAAAAAACAGAAAAGGGUAAAAAAAAAAAGAAAAAGAAAAGAAAAAAGGUUAUGUUUUAGGAACAUUAAAGGUCAACACCUGAAAUGAUAUGGUUUUUUGAACAUUUGGUGAUUUAUUAUUGAGUCAAAAAAGCUAGAAAGUGGGAACUGUGAACUGGGAAAGCUGGUUUGCUCAUUUUCUAUUUGCUUUUCCUCAUUUUGCAAUUAAUAUUUUAAAUGUUUGUCUUUUUCAACUUUGAUUUAGAAGUGAAAAUUUGAGUGGAUGGAGGGGGCAAACCCUAUGUUAAAAAGCCAAACAGAAGUGGGUUUUCUCACCUGUGUACCCGACCAUAAGAGAGGAAAAGAGCUCAUUGUUAAUUCUUAGUGAUUAUUCUAGAUUUUGUGCAGUGGACCUAGUGGGAUCUUUGUCAUUUGUCAUUUGUCAUUUGUCAUUUGUAUAUACAAAGUGUUUUUCUUGUA